AUGAAACAACAAAAAUCUGAUGAGGAAAGUUUAAGCACCAAUCAUAUUCUAGAAAGCUCUUUAGAAAGUGACGACUUGGACGGAUCAUUUGAAUCGAUUAGUGGUGGAAAUAUGAUGGCAGAUUCAUCAUUUAAUACAAGUGUUACGACAAAAAUGUUAAUGCCUCAUGAGCACGGCGCGUCAAAUAAUGUUAGCACUGCCACUCUUGUUGGUCAACAUUCCAUUCCCAACAUCCAUCAUGGAUAUCAUGGAUAUCAUUCGACAGCUGCGACCAACACAAAUAUUGGAACUGGAUAUAAUGGAUAUCAUACAAGCGCCUUCCCAAAUUAUGCUCAUAAUUUGAAUGGUAUCAGCACAAUAGCAAACACAGCAACAUCGUCAUUUAGUAAUUUAGUUCAUCAACAUCCAAUUACGUUAAGUAAUAAUCAUUCAAUAACAACAGUCACUGCAAUUUCCUCAACGAUGCCUCCACCAUUAAUCCCUUAUCAUCAACCAACAACACAACAACAACAAACUAUAUUUUAUGCAGCAAGUAACACAAAUGAGAUAGGAAAGAAAACAAACGAUAUAAAGCAACAGCAGCAGCAACAGCAACAACCAAUAACAAUAAAGAGCGAAUCCGAGAAGCAAGAACAACAAUUACCAGUAGCAAAGGAUGAGCCAGAAGAUGACACAGAAUGUGUGGAAACAGCACACGAACAAGAUACAGAUGAACCAGAAAUUGAUAUUGUUAUCAGCAAUGUCGUGUGUGCGUUCAGUGUUCGUUGCCAUUUAGCACUUAAGGAAAUAGCAUUGCAUGGUUCAAAUGUUGAAUACAAACGUGAGAAUGGUAUGGUGACAAUGAAACUACGCAGACCAUACACAACUGCCUCAAUUUGGUCAUCAGGUAAAGUUACAUGCACAGGAGCAACAUCGGAAGAUCAAGCUAGAAUUGCUGCUCGUCGCACUGCUCGAAUGCUACAAAAACUUAAUUUUCGUGUUCGAUUUCAUAACUAUCGUGUCGUCAAUGUUUUGGGCACAUGUAAAAUGCCUUGGGCCAUAAAAAUUGUUCAAUUCUCGGAGAAGUACAAGAAGGAAGCAAGCUACGAGCCCGAGUUGCAUCCUGGAGUUACAUAUAAUCUUAAAAAUCCCACUGCCACACUCAAAAUCUUUUCAACUGGAAGCAUGACAGUAACAGCAAGAAGUGUUGCUGAUGUGCAAGCAGCAAUCGAGCACAUUUACCCGCUAGUUUAUGAAUUUAAGAAGCCUCGAGUGGUGAACAUUGUCGAGGAGGAAGUUGUAACAGAAUUAAUUGAGACAGAUUUGGAACCAGAUGAAGAAGAAGACGAUGUUGCCGAUCCGUUGGAACUCGAAGAAUCACCUCCGCCUGCAAAUAAGAAACAGAAACUUCGUGAUAUUUCACAUUUAUCAAAACGUUACAAAGGACCUCCAUCAAAACGACGUCCUAAACGCCCUUUAGGUAAAAUGAAUGAUCCAAAGCAGGAUCUUAUUUAUAUCAGUGACGGUGAUGUCGAUGCUGAUGAUUUUUGA